AUGACUGUAGCAAAGUCUUUCAUUGCUGUGGUUUUCAAGUGCAUCGUACACCUUACUUCUAGUCAGGAGCUCAUUGUAGGCGAAUACCUUUCUGUUCAAGGUGCGUGUGCGUGGGUCAACGAUUAUUUUCGCGACUCAGUUCCCAUUAUCCCCGGUGUAUGGAUAGCACUUGGGACAUUGCCGUCUAAUCCGAGAACCUAG